AUGAAUAGAAAAUACCAGACCUCUUUAUUACAACCUGAUAUUUUUGGACGUCAAGAUGAAAAGGAAUUUCUUCUCAAAAAGCUAUUAGGUGAUGACGAUGACGAACCAAAAGUGAAUCAAUACAACUUCAGCAUCGUGCCCAUUGUUGGUGUGGGUGGGAUCGAUGAGUUUGAUAGCUUCAAUAUAAGCAAAAUUAUCUUUGAAGCUACAACUACUGAAGAAAAGAAAGGGAGGGAAUUCAAAGAUCUAAAUUUGCUUCAAGAAGCUCUUAGAGAUCAACUUUCUGGAAAACGAAUUCUGCUAGUUUUGGAUGACGUGUGGAGCGAAAACAUUGAAGAUUGGGAGACCUUAGUGCCACCAUUUCAUGCGGUGGCCCCUGGAAGUAAGAUUAGCAUCACGACUCGGAAGAAACAGUUGCUUCAGCAGUUGGGAAAUGAUAAUCCAUAUCAUCUGCAUAAAGCUAUCACAAGACGAUUUGGGAAAUGA